UCUAAAUUACUAUUUUCAAAUGAUGUUUAGUUUGGUCUAUCCAUAGAAAAACAGACCUAUAACCUAUACAGUUGGGUGGCACACGUCUGAUAGGAUGUCAAUGGCAUGCUAGUUAGACGAUGUACUUCUCCAUAUCCCUCUCUUGCAGCACAUAACGACGAUGGGCCAAACAAAUAAAGUGAGGCCACCGGAGUUUUAGGGCCUCAUCUUUUCGUGUAUGCUGCUUAUCAGCUAAAAUUUGAAUUUUCAAUCUUAAAUUUGAAACUGAUUUUGAGAUUUUUUUUUAUCAAAGUUUACUUUUCAGCCUUUGAUUUUAGAUCGCUAAGAAUACGUAUAUAAAAUUUAUAUUCAGCAUUUGCAAAUAAGCCAUUUCGUUUAUUCCGCAAAGAGAUGCCAAAGUGCAUUAUCUUUUAAAGUGAUAAUUUAAUGAAGCCAAAAUAACCCGUCGUUGAAGAUUGCAUAGCAAUUUUCUCAUGGCCGCCGCGGCCGUGGUGGAUUGGUUGACUGGAGGGAGCUGUUCGUCUUUGACGCCUUGACGGGUUCCCGCGGGUAAGGAGAAGUAGGGGCCAAGAAACCCUAGGUUUCCAGUUGAUUGGAGGGUUUGACUGCUUUGCAGCGAGUACAAAAACUGGGCUCGACGGCGGCCAUGUCGCAGCACUCUUUCCGCCUCCAAACCACUGGAGCAGCCGCAGCAAGCAACCUCUUCUUCUUGUUCUUUCGCCGCCUCACAAAUCACAAUCCCCCCGGGUGUAAAUGAACUAAGGGGAAGGAAGGGUUCUAGACUGGAGAUUGCAUUCUGGUCAUAUACCAAGGAAAAGAGAAAAUGUCAUCUAGUUAUGAUGAAGGGAAAAGUUUUGCUCGGAGGGACCUUUUGCUUAAGAUCCAAUCUGAAGUGCAAAAAUGUUGGGAAGAGAACAAGGUUUUCGAAGCAAAGGCUGGUGAUACACCUCCAAGCCCUGGUGAAAAAUUCUUUGGGAAUUUCACAUACCCAUACAUGAAUGGCAUGCUACAUUUAGGCCAUGCCUUCACACUAUCGAAGCUUGAGUUUGCUGCAGCAUACCACAGACUCCAUGGCUCAAAUGUCCUUUUACCCUUUGCUUUCCACUGUACUGGAAUGCCAAUCAAGCCAUCAGCUGAUAAGCUUGGUAAAGAGAUACAACAGUAUGGAAAUCCUCCAGUGCUCCCACCUGCCAACAAAAACUCAAAAUUUGAGUUGACAAAUGAUAGAAUUUAUGGCCAGACCACUGCUAGUGCCCAAGAUAAGUACAGGAGCAAGAGAUCUAAGUCAGUAGCAAAAUCUGGCUCAUACAAAUCCCAGUGGGAGAUCAUGAGGAGCUUUGGCAUUGCUGAUGGAGAGAUUGUGGAAUUUCAAAAUCUUCAUCAUUGGUUAAGCUACUUUCCUCCGCUGGCCAUGGAAGAUCUCGAGGAUUUUGGGCUAAGUUGUGAUUGGAGGCGUUCAUUUAUAACCACUGAUAUGAAUCCAUUUUAUGAUGCUUUUGUCCAAUGGCAGAUGAGAAAGUUGAAGAAAAUGCACAGGAUUGUCAAAGGCAAGCAGUACAUGAUCUACUCCCCAUUAGAUCGCCAACCUUGUCUUGGCCAUGAUCGGGCAUCAGGUGAAGAGGUCGAGCCACAGGAAUAUGUACUGAUUAAGAUGAAGGUUAUUCCGCCAUUUCCACCCAAGUUGAUGGUCCUGGAAGGCAGAAAUGUGUAUUUGGCCGCAGCAACACUCAGACCUGAGACAAUAUAUGGUCAAACCGGGGGCGAAGCUACAGGUAAUCAUCGGGGUCAGUAGACCCCAACGAUGUUUUGCUAAUGUCCAGUACCCCUCUUAUUUUACCAGCUAUGCCCCCAAUGAAGAGCUAAACUAGACCCCAGUGACAUCCUUGAUUGUUCCAUCAAAGAGCAAUUCUAUACUAGUGGUACCUCAUGGUACCUCCUCAAGAACCGUAAAAUUGCUCUCCAUCAAAGCUCAACUGGUUACUAUAGGAACGAGAUACUAGCAAGCAGCAAAUAGAAAAUGAACUAGCAGUUAUGAUUAUACAAUGGCCCAAUAUGCAUAUACGAUUGAUAUUUGAGCCCAUAAAUAAGAUCGGAAGACACUACUCCACAAAUUCCCUGGUUGCAUCAUCAUAUUCCUCGUUGUAUUGCAUCGGCAUCGCACGUCCUGACAUCAUAUUUAUCAUAUUUUAUUUUAUUUCCAGCAUAAUGGAAGGCAAAUAAUUAGUGGUUUUGAUAAUCUUUGAUGCAUUUGGUGUCUUUUACAGCUUGUAAAAUAAUCCAAUAAUGUACAUGUUUUAAUAAUUUUAUCGACAGAAGCUGUAAUAGGCAAGAUGUAACACUACUACAACAGGAGUUGGCUUUAUUUUAAUAAUUUUGUCUCGUAGUAUGUAGUCUCUAAUUACAAGCUGUAAUAAUUAUGUAGUUUUAUUUCCGAUUUACUGUUGGAUUCCAACCAGCCGUAUGGCAUUUUUCGCAAAAAUUUGAUUAAUCUUGAUCAAAUUUUGGUCUACUUUUUUUUAUUCAAAAAAUAAUUCUCGAAGACCAUUCAAAAUUUCACUCGGAAUCUACUUUUGCCCUGCGUGGAAACAUCAAAAUUGCAUGGUUUUCGAUCGGUUUUGGUUGAAAACGUAAAUCCUGAUUAGUACGAAUACUGACCGCGGUAACUAUUUAUCCUGGCUUCGCCCCUGGGUCAAACAAACUGUUGGGUCCUCCUUGAUGGAAAGUAUGGGCCUUUUGAGAUAAAUGAAACCGAUGUUUUUAUAUUGACAGCAAGAGCUGCACGUAAUCUUGCUUACCAGAUGCUAUCCAGAGUUCCAGAAAAGCCAACUUGCUUAGUUGAGCUGCUUGGCACAGAUCUGAUUGGUUUGCCAUUGAAGUCACCUCUUGCCUCCAACGAAGUCAUAUAUGUUCUUCCAAUGCAGAACAUAUUAGUAGAUAAAGGCACUGGAAUUGUGACUAGUGUUCCAAGUGAUACACCGGAUGAUUUCAUCGCAUUACAAGAGUUGGUAAAAAAUCAAGAUUUUAGAGUGGCAUGUGGAGUGAAAGAUGAGUGGGUUUUCCCCUUUGAAGUUAUACCAAUAAUUGAUGUUCCAAGUUUUGGAAAUAAAUCAGCAGAGAAGGUUUGUUUUGAUCUGAAAAUGGAUAGUCCAGAUGAGAAAGAAAAACUUGCUAAAGCAAAAGAGAUCACAUAUUUGAAAGGCUUCGAUGAUGGCAUAAUGAUUGUUGGUGAGUUUAGCAACCGAAAGGUUCAAGAAGUGAAGCCAUUGAUAAAGGAAAAGCUAUUGAAGGCAGAUAUGGCUGUUUUGUACUAUGAGCCUCAGGAGAAGGUCAUUUCCAGGUCAGGUGAUGACUGUGUUGUUGCUCUCACAGAUCAAUGGCUCAUAACAUAUGGUGAGGCUGAAUGGAAACAAAAGGCUAUAGAAUGCUUGGACAAGAUGAAUACAUUCUCAGUUGAAGCCCGUAAUAGUUUUGAGCACACAUUGAACUGGCUGACUUCACGGGCCCGUUCAUGUUCUUUUGGACUAGGUACUCGGAUUCCAUGGGAUGAGAAGUUUCUUGUAGAUUCUCUUUCUGAUUCAACUUUGUACAUGGCCUACUACACCAUUGCACAUAUACUGCAAAAUGGUAACAUUUAUGGAUCUGACAACUCUUAUAUAAGGCCAGAACAAAUGACUGAUGAAGUAUGGGAUUAUGUGUUCUGUAAUGGUCCGGCACCAAAAACUAGCAUCCCCUCUACUGUUUUGACAAAAAUGAAGCAAGAGUUUGAGUACUGGUAUCCCUUCGAUCUUCGAAUUUCAGGUAAGGACCUUAUGCAGAACCAUCUGGCCUUCUGUAUCUUCAAUCACACAACACUUCUUCCAAAACAUCAUUGGCCCCGCGGAUUCCGUUGCAACAGACACCUUCUGCUUAAUUCUGAGAAGAUGUCUAAGUCCACAGGAAAUUUCAGGACCCUUCGACAGGCCAUAGAGGAAUUUUCGUCUGAUGCCACUAGGUUUGCACUUGCUGAUGUUGGUGACGGUAUGGAUGAUGAAAACUUUGUCUCUGAGACUGCAAAUUCUGCUGCACUAAGACUGACAAAAGAAAUUUCAUGGAUGAAAGAAGUUUUUGAUGAUAAAUCUUCCUUUCGACUUGGGCCACCAUCUACUUAUGCUGAUCGCGUCUUUGCUAACGAGAUAAACUUUGCCAUCAAAGACACGGAAAUAAUUAUGAUGCUUCCAUGUUUUGAGAUGCUCUAAAAGCCGGAUUUUAUGAUCUACAGGCAGCACGAGAUGAGUACAGAUUUUCAUGUGGAGCAGGAGGUAUAAACCGUGAAUUAUUGUGGCGUUUUAUGGAUGUCCAGACCAGGCUUAUCACUCCUAUUUGUCCACACUAUGCUGAGCAUGUGUGGCAAAAGAUACUGAAGAAUGAAAGAUUUGUAGUGAGAGCUGGCUGGCCGAUUGCUGAUGAUCCAGAUUCUACUUUACGAAUUACAAACAAGUACUUGCAGUCCUGCAUAGUUUUGAUGAGGAAAUCGCUUCAUAAGCAGGAAUCUUGUCACAAAGUGGCCAAGAAGGGAGCUGCAGCCUCUACAACAUUUGCGGAAAAUAAAUUAUCAGUUGGUCUAAUAUAUGUGAAUGAACACUAUGAUGGCUGGAAAGAGCAAUGUUUGAGAGUACUCCAGGACAAAUUUGACACUGAAGCAAGAUCCUUCACUCCUGAUGAAGACAUUAUUGAUGCUCUGGUGAAUUGCUCUUUUGGACAGGAGCUAAACUUGAAACAAAUAAAAAAGUUAAGUGUAUGCCUUUCAUUAAGUUCAAGAAAGAUGAAGCACAGAAUGUUGGUUUUCAGGCCCUGUAACCAAAUCUUCCUUUUGGUGAAAUGGAGAUUCUUGAAGCGAACAAGGAACAGAUCAAAAGACAGUUGGGUCUUAAUCACAUAGAGAUAUUGUCAUCCUCAGAUCCUCUGAUGAGGCUGGUGCAAACAGAGCUGGUUCAUAUGCUUCCGUGCUCAGGAAAAAUCCACCUUCUCCUGGAAACCCUAUUGCAAUAUUCUUAAGUAAACUGGAGUUCCAGAGUCAAACUUGAAAAUCACUCACUUGGUUUCGGUAAUAACAGAACACUCAGGUUGCUCCUAACUUGUCUUAUGCAGAUACCACUCAUGCUGCCUUUCAAACAAAUAGUUUGUUGUGUAUAAAAUUUGUCUUACAGUUUAGAAAGCACAAACUGUAUAUGAACCUCGUAUAGAAAUAAAUCAUUGUCUGAACAUUGUACAGAAAUGAACCUUGUAAAUAAGUGUCAUUCUAUCUGAAAUUUGUAAAGGAAUGAACCUUUGUUAUGUAGACUUUGUUUUUAGUUGUAUGUAGUAUGUACUGCUAAUCAUUGCUUCUUCAGUGCCUUGUGUUCAUCGUCCCA